GUUCAGCUGUUUUGACGUUUAUUGGAUACAAACAAACAAACAGACAGACAAGCUAAAUUUAUAUAUAGAAGUAUCAAUAAUUGUCGGUAUCUACUGAUUAAAAUAACACAAAUAAAAUAAAUCUUUUGUAGACUACUUGCAAAGACUAAGUCAAACAAACUUAUCUGGAAAUAUAAAGAAUACCUUCAGUAAAAUUGUGAUUUUUUCGCUCAUUUUUAAUCUGAAUUUUAGAUAUAAUUAGUGAAAACUUUAUAUUUCAGAAAUCUUUGGAUCUAAAAUGAAAAAUCUACGAAAUUUUAACUUUGUAGAUUUGCUGGAUUUUGGAUCCACCCAGAUUGAGCCUGACAUACAGUUUAAUGUAAUGGAUGAAAAUGGAAUUUUGUUAGGAUCUGUAAAAGCUCACAAAUUCCUUCUAUCUCUGAUUUCCCCAAUCUUCAAUCAGAAACCAUCAACCCAUGAGGACAAAAGCCUUGAAACCAUAGGGAUAAAAGGAUUCUCCUUGGAAUCUGUGAAUACUAUGAUAAAACUUCUCUACUCUGGAGAUAGAACCUUGAUGAGUAAGUUGAGUAGUUUAGAGUCCUUGUUCCAGCUUGUUCUCCUGGGGGAUGAGUAUGAGUUGAGAGGAUGUAUGACCAUGAUACAGGAGAGGGUUGAACAAGUUGACAUCUCUGACUACAGCGAUGUGUUCCAAGUACUGAAGAAGUAUGAGGAUAGGUUUACUGUUGAAUGUGUUUGGAAUAUAUUGUACAAGAGAACUGUUUUCUCACUUCAGAGGUUAUGUCGUUCUGAGAAGGAUGUUCUGGCUUUAAUUGAGAAUAAUCUUGAUUCCAACGCAGAAGUCUUGAAUUGGGUAAAAACUAAGAUCAUAGCAAUCCUCAACUUCAAGAUACAACUGAGUCCGCGCAAUAGCAAGUAUGGAAUUGCAUACAUAUCAGAUGAAGAAGAGAAGGAUGAGAACAUGACUAAUCAAGAAGGUAGCAAAGCUGAUCAAGAAGAAAGUAAAGCCGAUCUAGAAAAAAACCAAGCUGUUCAAGAAAAAAGCAAUGCUGAUAAUCAAGAAGAAAAACAUUCUGAUCAAGAAAGACACAAUGCUGAUCAAGAAAGAGGCAAUUCUGAUCUGGAAAGAGGCAAUUCUGAUCAAGAAAGAGGCAAUUCUGAUCAAGAAAGAGGCAGAACUAAUAAAACUUUUGUAGAGUAUUCAAAGGCACUGUGCCCAAACUGCAGAGGAAUUGGAGGAUGUCUAGACAGUCAAACUGUUAUUUAUGCAUUUACAGGGGUUCCUGAUAAAGUUACAUCAACUCUGCAGGAAGGAACAACUAAACAAACUUUGGGUUAUGAUAGUUUAGCAUCUGGAUCUCAUAGGCUUGCAUAUAAUACCAGCAUGAACUGUAUCACUCUCAUGAAGGAGUACGAAAACGAAAGAUGGGAAGACUACACUGGUAGAUUGAAGAGAUCUUUUUCUAUUGGAAAAACUGUUAGAAGCUCUUUUGGAACUCAAUCUUUCGGAAACACUUUAAGUAGUCCGUUUGGUGCAAAGCCUGCUGAGACAACUGGUAGAAGUCCUUUUGUAUCUGUCAAUAUUGCUGCCGAUAGCAAACCUGCUCUAAGCACUACAAGUCCAUUUGGGUCAGUGCUUACUGGAACUACUGGUAGAAGUCUAUUCAAAAGUAAACCUGUUGAAAGCACUAAAAGUAUAUUUGGGUCCGGGCCUGCUGGAACUACUGGUAGAAUUAUUUUUGAUAGCAAACCUGUUGAAAGCACUAAAGGUAUGUUUGGGUCAGGGCCUGCUGGAACUACUGGUAGAAGUAUUUUUGAUAGCAAACCUGUUGAAAGCACUAAAAGUAUAUUUGGGUCAGAGCCUGCUGGAACUACUGGUAGUGGGAUUUUUGAUAGCAAACCUGUUGAAAGCACUAAAAGUAUAUUUGGGUCAGUGCUUGCUGGAACUACAGGUAGUGGGAUUUUUGAUAGCAAACCUGUUGAAAGCACUAAAAGUAUAUUUGAGUCAGAGCCUGCUGGAACUACUGGUAGUGGGAUUUUUGAUAGCAAACCUGUUAAAAGCACUAAAAGUAUGUUUGGGUCAGUGCUUGCUGGAACUACAGCUAGCGGGAUUUUUGAUAGCAAACCUGUUGAGAGCGCUAAAAGUAUAUUUGGGUCAAAGUCUGCUGGAACUACAGGUAGCGGGAUUUUUGAUAGCAAACCUGUUGAAAGCACUAAAAGUAUAUUUGGGUCAACGUCUGCUGGAACUACAGGUAGCGGGAUUUUUGAUAGCAAACCUGUUGAAAGCACUAAAAUUAUACUUGGGUCAGAGCCUGCUAGAACUACUGGUAGUGGGAUUUUUGGUCUUUCAUCAGAAGAAGCCUCUUACAACAGGUUAGAUGCUAAGCCUGCUGGCACUGUCAAUAGUCUUGUUAUCUCCCCUUCUGACCUCCUGCCUUUAACCUCCUCUGAGCACAGUCCCAUCAUCACCAUCUUGGAGUCUGAUAGCUCCACUCCUCCCUCUUAUAAAUUUCCUCUUCUUCCAGAAACAAUUAAUCCUGCUGACAGCAUUAGAAGUACUUUUGGACCUACUGGAAUUAAUGGUAGUAGUACUUUCCAAUUUUAUGGAACAAAACCUGUUAAAGCUACUGGAAGUAGCUUUUGUAGUCCUGUCUGUGUUCAAUCUGUUGGAAGCUCCGAAAGUCCUAUUGGUUCAAAACAACAAAUCCUUCCAUUGGUCAAGGGUGAAAUAGUUGCAACUGCAUCUGUGGCAACUUUGUCUGAUCAGUACUUGCAACCAAUUGCAAAGGCUAUUCGAUUAUCAGCUGAUGCAACACCAUUGGGCACAACCAUCUCUAGAGCUUCUUUGUCACUAUUUCCUUCUGCUGUCACAAACUCCUUUGGGGCAACCUCUUCAGCAACUUUAGGUGGAGGCCCAUCAACAACCUCUGGUACAAUCUCUCCUGGCAACUCUGGUGCAACAUCUCGUUAUACCUUUGGUGCAACCCCUUCAGCAACUUUAGGUGGAAGUCCAUCAACAACCUCUGGUACAAUCUCUCCUGGCAACUCUAGUGCAACCCCUGGUUAUAUCUUUGGUGCAACCCUUUCAGCAACUUUAGAUGAAAGUCCAUCAACAACCUCUGGUACAAUCUCUCCUGGCAACUCUAGCGCAAGCCCUUGUUAUACCUUUGGUGCAACCCUUUCAGCAACUUUAGGUGGAAGUCCAUCAACAACCUCCAGUACAAUAUCUCCUUGCAACUCUAGUGCAACCCCUCGCUAUGCCUUUGGUGCAACCCCUUCAACAACUUUAGGUGGAAGUUUAUCAACAACCUCUGGUACAAUCCCUCCUUCAACCCAUAGUGCAAGCCUUCAUUAUACCUUCUGUUCAACUUCAAAUUUUAUUCCUAUUUCUACUUCAAACAACCCCACCUUGUGUGCAAAUACUUUUAAGGACCCUGCCUCUAAUGUAACUGAUAUUACAAACGCCUCUGCCUUUAAUGUAAGUGACAUUCCAAACGCCCCUGCCUCUAAUGUAACUGAUGCUCCAAAUGACUCUACCGCUUCUGUAAUUGAUACUCAAAACGCCUCUGCCUCUGAUGUAUCUGAUACUCCAAAUGGCUGUGCCUCUAAUGUAACUUAUACUCACAACGCCUCUAGUGUAACUGUUACUCAAAACGCCUCUGCCUCUAAUGUAAGCGAUACCCAAAACAACUCUGCCUCUAAAGUAUCUCAUACUCCAAGCGGCUCUACCUCUAAUGAAACUGAUAUUCCAAACGCCUCUAAUGUGACUGAAACUCAAAACGCCUCUGCCUCUCAUGUAUCUGAAACUCCACAUGCCUCUGCCUCUAAUGUAACCGAUAAUCCUAACAAUUCUGCCAUUAAUGUAACCAAUAAUCCUAACAGUUAUGACUCUAAUGUAACCGAUAAUCCUAACAACUGUGUCUCUGAUGUAACCAAUAAUCCUAACAAUUGUGCCUCAAUGUAACCAGUACUCCCAACUCUGCCACUGAAGUCGUUGAGUAGCACAAAUGUAGCCUGUCUGCCUUCCUUAAAUUCUGUAGUCCAGGAAGUGCCUAAAGUUCUUGACAUGAAUUCCAAACCUUUUGAAGGAUUUUUAUCUAAAAAAUCUGGAAAACCCCCUGAAUUACCCCAAGUACGCGGAACACCUGAAGUACAGUAAAAACCAAAAGUUCAUUCUACUCCAAAAGUGCCUGGACACAUUAAAGUUUUUUAAGGGGAUACCUGCUGUUGCAAGAUAGGUAUCUGGAAAGACUAAAGGCUGUUAUUGAACAGAGCCAUGAGUUUUAAAAAACCUAAGCAAACCCAAAGUGAGAUCAUGACACACAUGUCAAAGCUUCAAACCUUUUUAAAAUUUCACCAGAUAUGGUUAUCAGGAUUAGCAUAUUAUUAUUAGUCUUCACUGCAGGACAUGUAAAGAAUAAGAUAUAUCUUGAAUAUUUUUAUGCAUGUACUAGUAUUUCACAGUGUGGUUCUUAUAUUCUUUAUAACUAUAAUGCUAUAUAUAUAUUUUUUGUUGAUUUACCCAGAAAACAUUUUUACCGACUUCAUGUGCCGAUGGCGAAGGUGGCGGGUAAAUAAUUCUGGACUUUAUUUGUUCGCCAUCGGUUUGUGGGAGACUAAAUGUUUGCAGGGUUAGUUCGAUGUAGUUUAGUAAGUGAUUCUUAGAUAUCCUAAAACCAACAGAGGGUAAUUCUCUUUUUUAAUGAACGAGAACAAGUAUUUCGUUUCGUAUUAAAAUUUAGAAGAACCCAAAAAAGGGAGAUAAGUAAUAACUUGUAGAUAUUUUGUGAUAUAAAGGGCAUUUUUUCUCAAUCACAGAUAGUAUUUGUGGUAAUCCAUUUAAAUUUGAAAAUUCCUAGUCUUGGGAUUUCUGUUGAAUUCCAAGACAAGAGAGAGGGAGCCUUUCCUUGCCGACUACGCGUUACUCCUUUGGGCUUCUGUCUCAAGGUUAUUGUGAACGAAAUACUUAAAAAUCUUGAAAAGACGACAUCUAUAAGUGUCCUUUUUGUUAUUUUAAUUGAACUGUAGCGUGAAACUUAAAACUAAAAUUCUCGCAUGUUUUUCGAACGAAUUGAAUUGUAUGUCUAAUAAAAGUAAAAUAAAUUUUCAUAUUU